AUGGCAUCAGAAUCACUUUGGUACAAUACCCCAGCAACCUGCUGGCAGGAGGGUCUGCCCAUCGGCAAUGGCCGCCUUGGAGCCGUUAUACAAUCUGCUCUACACCACGAGAUCUGGUACUUGACUGAGGUGACCUUCUGGUCUGCGAAUCCGGAAAAAUAUUUUGCUAAUGACUUUCUCGGAGGCAAGAAGCUUUCGGAGCAAUACCUACAACCACUGAAAAAUAACUUUGGUACCAAUCUGACAGUUGCGAAAGUGUCUAUGCAGUUCGAUCACCCGGCAGGUGCUGUGGUGAGCGAUUUCAGGAGAGUUCUAUCUCUCGAGAAAGCUACUAUUGUGACUGAAUACAAGGUUAAUGGUCACCAAUAUCACCGAGAAACGUGGAUAUCGCAUCCGCAGCAGGUGCUGGUCUCACGAUACAGCACAGAUGCUCCAGAUGGCAUCUCUCUUCGCCUGCGACUGGAUGGCGACAGCAAUGAAUUCCGAGUAACACCGUCCGUUGAUGGGUUAGAGUUCGACACUCGCGCGGUCGAAACCGCCCACAGUGACGGUACUUGCGGCGUGCGCGGCCAUGGUUCUGUCUGGAUCCAGCCAUCGCCAGGCAUUUCAGUGGAGACCAGCAUAGAUAACCAUGCAGGGAUAUCGAAGGCUUCGUCUGCGUGCAUCAUGGUAGCCUUUAACACCGACUUUCGACGUGAAAGUAAUGAAAAUCGGUUAGGCUUGUCUGCGAUGCAGCUGCAGGAAGCUCAACAGAAGACAUACAAGCAACUUUAUCUCGACCAUCUCCCCCACGUCUUCACGAAUGUCUGGGGCUUCACCGACCCUGGCUGGGAAACUUCCUGGGGACUAAAUGUUACUGGGGGUUUGUGGUUAGCCACACACAUGAUUGAGUAUUACGAGUAUACACUUGAUCUAAAAUUCCUCGAACAACAAGCCUACCCGGUUUUGAAGCAGGCCGCUAUCUUCUUCCUAGGAUAUAUGGUGAAUGACCCGCGGACGGGAUAUCUCGUCACCGGCCCUUCAGUAUCUCCCGAAAAUAGCUUCUUCCCGUACCUGGACGGCUCUGAAGAACAGCAACUCUCCCUGGGGCCAACUAUAGAUAUCAUCCUCAUUCGGGACUUGUUUAACUUCUGCAUUACUGCAGCUCAAGAACCGAGUGUUGAUACCGCGUUUACGGAAAGACUGCGAGAGGCCCUUGCCAGCCUGCCUCCUUUGCAAAUUGACCGAAAGGCCAACUCCAGGAGUGGCUUGAAGACUACGAAGAAGCAGAGCCUCAUCAUCGCCUCCUGUCGCACACCAUCGCCCUCUGCCGUUCACAUCAGGACUACGCUAAUAAAUCGCCAAUCACACGUUAAUAUGGAGGACAUCGAAUUCACUGCCGCCUUGCUAGGGCUAAAUUUUGCCCGAUUGAACGAUGGCGAGUCCGCGCUCAGGCAUCUGGGUCACCUGAUCGGGGAUCUAUCUUUUGAUAAUCUCUUGACAUAUUCAAAGGCUGGUAUCGCGGGUGCUGAGAAGAAUAUCUUCGUCAUUGACGGAAACAUGGGUGGCACCGCUCUCAUGAGUGAGAUGUUGUUGCGGAGCAGCCGUGUCGGUGAGAUCGAGCUUUUGCCGGCGCUGCCGCUUGCAUGGAAUGAUGGUUCCGUCCAAGGCUUGCGAACGAGAGGGAACAUGACCGUUGGCUUGGAGUGGAGGGGUGGGAAGCUGGUUGAUGUGAAUCUGAGCGCACUAUCACCGACACCGCUUCCGCUUCAACCAUAG